AUGUCUAUAAAUAUAAUCAAAUCUCAUAAAAUUGAAGUACCCAAACAAAGUGGAAAGAAAAAAUGUAUUGGGAAUUGCAUGAAAACAUCUCAAUUAUUUCGAUGUAUCAUAGAAUUGUAAUUAACAUAGCAAAAAGCUUAGAUGGGUUUAUGAGACUUUUAUAAUAAACAUGCUAUCAAAAAUCAGAACAAUGCAUCGAUACAAGAUAAGUUAUUUCAACUACACGAUAGCUGACCACUUAAAGGACUUUGAUGGAAUUUGGAUUUGUCAAUGGAAGAAGCUCUCCUAUCAAAAAGAAUAGAUAACAUUAGAGAAGUAGAUAAAAACAUUAUAAAUUUCCGGAGUUAUAGUAUAAAAUAAGGAGAUUAAGUUGUGGAUGUGGUGAGUGUGGAAUGGUUGGGAGGAAAAUAAGGAAAUUUCAUGACAUUAUCAUUUCAAAAGUUAAAGAGGAAGAGGAAGAACAACCAUAAGCAAUUGUAAGAAAUGGGCAGAAAUUAAGAGGAAUUUUUAAUCAGGUGGCUAAAACUGCGAAGGUGUGCAUGAAUUUAAGAACUUUGCAAUCGGAACGAGAAAGAGAAGAGAAAGUGGAGUUUAGUCCUGAGGCUAAAUCAAGUGUUUUGGAACUUUAAUGUAAGCAAGUAUCUCGAAAGAUCAUUUAACAGACCUAAGUGAAUCAAUUACCAUUGCUAAAGAAACCUUUAAUGAAAGAUUACAUUAGGAAAAUAAACAAUCUGAAUAAUCUAAUUGAAAAGACUUAACUGAUAACUAGUCAGUCUUCUACUCUGAUUAGAAAUUCAGCGCCUAAUUUGGAUGCUUUCGAAAAGAGACAAAAAGAAAGUCCAAUGUCGAAAAGAGAGCAAUCAACUCAUAGCUCUCGAUAGAAACAAAAUAUAUACUUAAUAAAAUCACCUCUGAAUGGAAUAAACUUAUAGAAGUUCAGAGAGUUUAAAAUAAAAUAAUGAAAUAUAUUUAAUUUUGGAAUUAAAGCAACGAUAUUGAAUAGCAAUCUGAUCCUCAAGAGAAAUCAGGAUUCGUGUCUAAGUUUUCUUAAUCUUUUAGAUUUCUAAAGCCAUGUAAAAAUUUAAAUAAUAUUUCAAAGAAAAUGUUGUGACAAAAGUGCAGGAUGUAUAAUAAGCAGCAAUGAAUUGGAAGAAUUUUGCAAUAUUUUUUGGCAUUGGAUUGUGCUUCAUGUUUGUAGCAUUCACAUUUUUACCUUUGAUCAUGGUGUUUCCAGCCAAAUUUGGAGGACUAUUCAGUUUAGGGUAAGACGUGUAUUUAAAUGUUAUAUAGAUCAUUAAGUUUAUGGAUUUCCUUGUUCAUUAUAAAAGGAGGAAAGAACUUUAUGAAGAUGUUUUGCAACAAGGAAAAAUUCAUCUACACAAACAUUUAUGUGAUUAUGCUAAUAGCCACAGUGUACUUUAGUCUGAUCCACAAGAAUUACAUAUUGGUGCUCGUCUUUUCGAUUGCUUAGGUAUUUGAGUACUUAAAGACUUUAGAUGAUAUCUUUGGGGUGGUUGUUUGCGUCUUCAUUUCCAGCUGGGAUCACUGGAAUGAAGUUUAUUACAAAAUAAAUACUUGCACUUAUAAAAUAGAUAAUGUCUUUUUGCUUCAAGUCUUCACAAUCCAAUUCAUUUCUACCCAUAUGAGAUGAAUAAUAUGAAAUUGCAG